AUGCUGGCAGGGACGUCUCGCGCCUCGUCUUCCGCGCUGCCGAGCCGAGCCAGCGGGGGGGUGUACAAGUGCGUCAUCUCCAACAGAGUGGGCAAGGCCACCGCCUACGCGCACCUCUACGUCCGCGAGCUGAGUGCAGAGCUCCCAGAAGUCGUGCCCCAUGUGGAGAGCGUCACGAGCCGAUCGGUGGUACUCGCCUGGCACGCACCCAAGAAGAUCCACCCGUCGCUAGAGCCCGCGGCGUUGACGUACACCGUGGAGUGCCAGGCCGAGGGCCGGGGGGACUGGAGCGUCCUCGAGUCGAACGUCGGCAACGCCGGCGUGACGCUGGAGGGCCUGCCGCCCGGGAUCGCUCACUCCUUCCGCGUGUCGUGCGUCACCCCAAAGUGCUCGGGGCAGCCAUCGCGGCCCACGGCGCCGGUCACGCUGCCGCAUCACGGUGGGCGCCGCGGGUCUCUCGUCAGCGCGAUAGACGCACGUGGCGCCCUUUGCGAAAUCAAAAAGCCAAUCAACGAGGAGGCCGAAUUAAUAUUUUGCAAGCAACCGCAAAAAAAAUCGAGAACGCUGAGACGGGGGAGGACGUUGCAAUACGCGUUGGCUUGGGUGUCCGUGUGUCCCUCAGCCACGUUCCUGGAGGAACCUCCCGCGGUUCCUGGAGAAGCCGGAGCCGGUUUACCGGCGUCGAGAACGGCCUCGUCAGCAUCGGCUACACGCUCAACCACGUGCGCCGCCUCCGUCUCGUGGACCAGGGACGGUGAGGCCGUGCGGCUGCACGCGGGCGACUACGGCGUGCGUGUGCAGGAGGAGGACCGCUACCUGCUGCAGAUCCCCGCGCUGGGCCGCGCGCACCUGGGCGAGUACGUGUGCGUGGCCAGCAAUGACCACGGGGAGGACCGCUGUGUCACGCGCUUGCAGCUCGCAGAGCCACCGAAAUUUGAGGACAUCAUGGAGGACGUGCAAGCGAGGCCAGGCGGCACGUGCAGCUUCACCGUGGUGGUGGACGGGAAGCCAACGCCCGACAUCCUCUGGUUUAAGGACGACGCGCUGCUGGCGGAGAGCGGCCGCGUCUCGUUUGCGUACGACGCGGCCGCGUGCUCGCUGGUGCUGCGCGACGUGACGGAGAGCGACCGCGGCGUGUACGCGUGCGUCGCCAGGAACGUGGCCGGGGAGCAGACCUGCAAGGCCGAGCUCUCCGUCCCCAAGGCCAAGGGCGAGAUGGUGGCGGACGAGCAGGAGCUCAUGAGGAAGAUCAGAAAUCUUACGGAUUACUACGUCGUCAGGGAGGAGAUCGGCAGGGGCUCAUUUGCGGUGGUGAAGCUCGUGGUGGAGAGGGGCACGGGGAAUCCCUACGCCGCCAAGUUCCUGUCGUGCCACGACAGGAAGCAGGCUGACGCGGAGCGCGAGCUGCACGUGCUCUCCCUGCUCGACCACGAUCGCGUCACGCGACUCCACGACGCCUUCCAGACCGACCGCAAGCUCGUUCUCAUCACCGAGCUCUGCUCCAACGAAGAGCUGCUGGAUCAUCUGGUGAAAAAGACGGCGUUCACCGAGCUGGAGGUUCAGCCGUACAUUUGGCAGCUGCUGGAAGGCCUUGACUACCUCCAUCGGUCCCGCGUCCUCCACCUCGACAUCAAGCCGGCGAACGUGCUGAUGGUUCACUCGGACGGCGACGACAUCAAGAUCUGCGACUUUGGCUUCGCGCAGGAGCUAAGGGAGGGCGAGGCCCAGCGCUGCCAGUACGGGACGCCCGAGUUCGUCGCGCCCGAGGUGGCGCGCCAGCAGCCCGUCUCCACGGCGACCGACAUCUGGCCUGUUGGAGUGAUAACCUAUGUCUGCCUGACGGGCGCCUCGCCGUUCGUGGGCGACAGCGACCGGGCGACGCUGCUGAACGUGCGGGACGGUCGGAUCAGCACGGAGCGCCCGCUCGAAGGGCUCUCCCCGCUCGCUGCCGACUUCGUCGCACGCCUCAUGACCAUCAACCCCAGUGACAGGCCAUCCGCUUCCGAUUGCCAAAAACAUCCGUGGUUCAAGGCUGCCAUCUCACCCCAGACCGGGCUGGUGAACAUUGGCACGGACAGGCUCAAGUACUUCCUCAACCGCAGGAAGUGGCAGAGUGCCCUCAUCGCCCACCGAGCCAACAUGGUCAUGCGCUCCAUCCCCCAGCUGCUGGCCGCCACCGUGGGGCAGCAGUCCCUGGGGGUGCCCCGGCACCUCGCCGACCCCUCGCUCGUCUCCUCCACCUCCGACGACUCGGAUGAGGCCAACGUUUUUUCCGCCAUGUCCGGUUUUGGGGGGGGCUUGAGAAGACCGGAAGCUCCGCUUGCUCCCUCCAUGUCAAAGCACGCCGGCGCACCAGUGGCCGCGUGCGCCGCCCCGCAGGAGCGUCAGCAAUCGUGGAGAGGAGCUGCUGUGGAGCAGCCGCAAAAGGCAAGAGAGGAGGGCGACAGGGCAAUGGAGGUUGAGCCGAAGGCUUCACCAAAGGCCUCUCCGAAGGCUUCUCCCGGGUCUGGGAGGGCGCGGCGCCACAGCAGACGGCGCUCCACAGAGGCCGAGCCGCCGUUGUCCUCGUCGUCUGACGAAGAUGCUCUGGACGUCUCUCGGCGAACGGAGUCUCCUAGGCAGCGGCGAAGAAGCAACCUUCGGAGAUCGGGUUCGAUGGACAGCGAGCUCGGCACUUUGGCCGGCCACGCGGCACAGGGAAUCAAGAAGUCCAUGUCGAUGGAGCUGAGCCGAGGAAGAAGUCGGAGCCCGGGCCAAACGGGAGGAAUCCACGACGACCCGGCGCGCAGGAGACUGGGAGCGAUGGCCCCUGUCGCAGCCGCCGAAGAUUUCUCCCAGCGGCUCGAAGUGAUCCGUCAGAGGCUGCUGGGUGGCGACCCGAUCGAAAGCAAGCUCAUUGAGUUGCGUGAUCCCCGACAGGUGCACCCCGAUGCCAUUUCCAGACCUUGGAGUGACAAAAUCCGAACCUCGUCCCUGCCACCGAGGCCAGACAGGACCAGCGAGUUGGCCCAGAGAAAGCAGGCACCUGAACCAACGGAGAUGGCUGAAAUGGGGAAAAUGCAAAGGAACGUUCCAUUUGCCAAAUUGGCGGAGGCCCCGCCAGCGACAACCUUUGGUGUUUUACAGCCGCCCACCAGGAGUGCGGCAGAACCGUCGCAAGCGCACGCUCCGAUAUCAUCACAAAUCCGCAAAUCGCCCACGCUGCCUUCAAAAGCGCAGGUCCCCGUCAUCGGUCAGCUUAAACAGAUCCCUCCACACAUCGCAUCGGCGAAAGCUCAGAGAUUCCCGGUGUCACCUGUGCAGCAGCAAGGUCCUUUCUCUGCCCAAGGUGGAAUGCAAAGGCAUUCGUCCACUGAAGGAAUGAGGUCGUUGCCAUUGGGAACCGAACCUCCGCGCUUUGCUCGAUUCUCAACCAGAAACAGAACCCCCUCGGCGCCGACGCUGAGGGGUGAGAGGGCCGCACUGGGGCAAUAUUCAGUGUCUGGCGAUAAGAUAAACGAGAUCAAAAACAUCACUUCCGAAGCCAUAUUUGAGGCCAAGUUUAAAAAGAAGCACGAGUCGUCCAUACACCGAGUGUUCCCGUUUCUAAACAAGGCAAGGUCCGAAGAGCAGGUGCUGAGGCCGGCAUGGGCCGACGAGGAGGAGGUGUACAGGCCGACGCAAGUCAACGCUCCCGUACUCAUAGCCGUCGAUCCUCACGGGGCGGUAAUGAAAAAGGUGAAGGAUGAGCUGGAGACCACGGCAGAAAAGUCAGAACCUGAAUCAACGGAACCCCCUCAAAAGCAGGACAGGGACAAGGGCAUCAUUCGCAGACUGUCGCAGAAGCUCAAACGACCAUCCUCCUUGGACAAAGUGUCUCAACUUGUAGACGAAGGUGAGAAAGAACAGGGCAAUGGAAAGGACGAUGGGGAUGAAAAACAGAGGGUGGGAGGUGUUUCAAAAAUGUUUUCGAUUGCGCGGUGGCAGAGCAGCUCCAAAGAAAACGUAACGGGGGACCCUGCCGCCAACCUGAGAGCUGCCGCGGCCGAGCACAGAGCCGGCGAGGAGAGGACGAGGGCCGAUUUCGAUGCCCAAAAGAAGAAAUCUGCGCAAGAGCUUCCAGGAGCAAAGAUGCCCACAGACGUUGUCCGGGAUCAGCUUGCCCCCGAAAAGCCCAAGCGAUCGUUUGCAACGGCGAUGACAUUUUCCGAAAUAGAGACAAGAGCGGGACUUGGGCCAUCGGCCGCCCGCACGGUAAAGCAAAGCCACCCCGCUUCUGGAUAUGUUCUGCAAAACGUUGACAUGGAGAUAAAGCCCAAGCAGGCGGAGCAGAUCCCCGAUCUUCCUCCACAUUUUAAACAGAAGCAUUCCGAACAAACGCAACCAUGGCUCGGUGAGCGCUCAGAAAUAGAGGACAAGUCGGGUAGCCCUUCCAAAAUGUUUUCUGUGACAAUGGUGCCUGAGGGCCUACGUGAGAAGCCCGGUCACGCAGUUGGCAUUGCGGGCGAUGCCAUUUCAGAGAAGAAAUUAGAUUCUCAAGAGCAUCCAGAAGUGUCUGCCAGUAAACAAACUUCCAUUGCACAAAUCCCAUCAAACAAAACAGAGAAAUCCAGUAAGGAUGCAGAAAUGGUGAUAGAGCUGGGAGUGGAAGGUGACUUAAAGGAAGAAAAUAAAUCAAGCGGCAUAGCCAAGAAACUCUCUGAUGCUUUGAAGAAGACCGGGCUCACAGAGCUCGGCCGAGGGAAAGGGAAAAAAGAAAUGUCAGAAGAGCAGUUGCAGCAGAUUUCGGAGAAAGAUUCCAAACAGAAGCACGCUGCUCCCAAAAAAACUGGCAAGGAGCCCGACAGCUCAGAAGUUUAUCGGGAGAGGUCAACAAAAAUGUCUGCCGAGGCCCUGCAGGAGCAACAGCCGCCUGAAAGAAAGGGAUCCGUUUCUGCGGAGAAGACGACCGCUGAUGAAGGCAAGAAGGACGAUGGAGAUAAACGUAAGUCCGGCGGUAUUCUCAAGCGGCUUUCCAUAGCAUUGAAGCCGGAUAGCCUCAGAGACGACGGUCACGGAAAAGGAAAGGAAGUGAAGCCGAACGAUGAGCUGGUCUUUCAGGAGACCAAGCAGAGUCAGUCUUCUGCUGCGAAAUUACCAGGAGAUUCGAAGAAAUACGCGCGCAAUGACGGGAGCACUUCUGAGGGAAAGCCAGCACGAGAGGCCUCGCUGGGAUCCGAGUCGGAGGAUCACGGCAAGGAAAAGAAGUCUGGUGGCAUCAUGAAAAGACUCUCUGUCAAACUGAAGAAAGACACUGCCAAGGAAGUCGCUGGAAGUCAAGCAAAGGAGUCAGCCCAAUCUCUAGAGUUAAAGCCCAGCCACCCUCUAGGCCAUGGGCACGCUCACUCAACCCCAACCUACGUUCAGGAACAGCAGCCAAGCAGAUUUGAGUAUAGAUUAGUAGCAGAGGCCAUAGAAGAUGCUCUGGAGCAGAAGGAGGCUCAGAAAGCACAAGAAUCGGCAUCUGCUGACCAGGCGUUGGCGGAAGAUGGUAGGAAGAGUGAGGAAAAGGAUAAGAAGGCCCCGGGCGGCCUAGCCAAACUAUUCUCCGUCAAACUGAAGUCCGACAGUCACAAAGAGGACGGCCAUGAAAGAGAACAGGAGAGGAAGCAACAUUUUGAACCUUCAGCUCGCGAAGCCGCUGCAAAAAUAUCGCCAGAUACAAAAGAAUAUUUGCACAGCCAUAAGAGUACUCCUCAAGGAAAAGGGCAUUCUGAGCCUUCAGCAGUAUUAGAGUCGGAAAGCCAUGGCAAGGACAAGAAGGAACCUGGCAGCAUCCUACAGAGAUUCACGCUCAGCCUUAAGAAAGAUGCUCCCAACGAAGGGGUCCAAGAACAAGAAUGUGAAGAGAAAAUAGAAGCCCCUUCUCAAGAGUUAACACCGAGCCGACCCUCAGCGCAGCAUCAUCCGAAAACCGCCAAGUCGCACGACGCGCCUAAAGGCUCGGGAAAAUCUGAGCAAAAAAACAAACAUGAGCCGUCAGAGGAACCAGGGUCCACAGAAUCUCCUCAAGAACAGAAACUGCUUCACAAAGGAAAACAGUUGACUGCUGCUGAAAGAACACUUGCUGAAGAUAAUAAGAGGAGAGAAGACAUUGAUAAGAUGCCCAGCAGUUUAGCCAGACUCUUUUCUGUCACGCUGAAGCCAGAUGGUCCUGAAGAGGACCAUCACGGGCAAAGAAGGGAAGAAAAGCCGCAGGAUGAACUGAUCUGUCACAGGGCAGCUCAUGAGACCGACACCAAAAUGGCAGCAGAUUUGAAGGGGCGCAUGCACGGUGAUACGAGCGCUUCGGAACAAAGCCCAGUGCACGAGACCUCGCUGGGCUCAGAGUCUAUGGGGUCGGAAGAACAGAAAUCAAGUGGCAGCGGUGGCGGCAUCAUAAAAAAAUUAUCUGUCAUGUUGAAGAAAGACAGUCCCAAAGACCUGGCUCAGCGUCAAUCAAGGGAGGUGAAACCAGAUGCUGAGACUGCCCAACCCCUGGGGUUAAAGCCGAGCCACCCUCUAGGCCACGGGCACGCUCACUCAACCCCAACCUAUGUUCAGGAACAGCAGCCAAGCAGAUUUGAGUACAGAUUAGUAGCAGAGGCCAUAGAAGAUGCUCUGGAGCAGAAGGAGGCUCAGAAGGCGCAAGAAUCGGCAUCUGCUGACCAGGCGCUUGUGGAAGACGGCAGGAGUGAGGAAAAGGAAAAGAAGGCGCCGGGUGGCCUAGCAAAACUAUUCUCCGUCAAACUAAAAUCCGACAGUCACAAGGAGGACGGCCAUGAAAGAGAAAAAGAGGGGAAGCCAGAGAAACCGGUGCCUCCAUCAAAGUCAGAACAUGAAAAACAUCUAGCUCAUGCUGCUUGCGCUGCCACGAUCGUGAUAUUUGACGCAAAACAAAGUGCACCCGAGACUACGGACGCCAGUGAUAGAAAACCAGCAGCCGAUUCCUCGGUGGGAUCUGAGCUCACAGAUUGUGAUGAUCAUGGCAAGGAGAAGAUAUCCACCAGCAUCAUCAAAAUGUUUUCUGUCACUCUGAAAAAGGACAGUCCCAAAGAGGAAGAUCGAACGGACAGCGCCGUGGAACCUAGGCAAGAAGAGGCUGAAUCGACGACCCCUUCAAUUACCGGAGAAAAAGAGGCUCAAGGGACCCGUGAUGAAAAAUGUAAACUAAAAUUCCCAUCAGGAUCGAGGGAUGCAGGAGGAGCCGUGGAAACACAGCAGCUGCCUCACAAAGAAAAGAAACUGGAUGUUGCAGAAGUGAUGUUGGCGGAAGAAGGAAAGACAGCUGAAGUUAUGGACGAAAAGAAGCCAAGCAGCAUAGUGCAAAAAAUUGCUGUAAAAUUAAAGUUGGACCGUCCACAGCAGGACAUCCACGAACAAGUAGAGGGAGAAAAGGCACGCGAUGAAUCGGACAAUCAGCAGGCGAUGAAAUCGAGACAACCUUCUCAUGGAGUAUCCGCAGAAUCCCCAUCGGUAACGAAAGCAAUCAUCGUGAAGGAUUCGGAUAAAGUCGAUGAUAACGCAAUGCGUGAACCAUCGCUGGCAUCCGACUCCCCUAGCACUGAGGGGCAGUGCAAGGAGAAAAAUAAAUCCAGCGGCAUUAUGAACAUUUUUUCUCUCUCGGUGAACAAGGAGAGGCCUAAAGAGAUCAGCGGAGAGAAGGAGAUGGAAAGUAAACCGCACGAGGAAUCUGUCACCACUCACAACGUAACGCAAGGCCCGAGACGAUUGGAAAUAUUGGGAACGCCUCAGGAAAAAUCGAAAAUCGAGCCCCAGGCCUCAGGUGGGACGACCGAGCAUCAGAUUCCUCACACAGAAUUAAAGACAGAGGAGGUCAAAGAAAAGAAGAAGCCAAUUAGCCUGACCAAGCGCCUCUCAGCUGUUUUGAAACCGGACAGCCACGUAGAGGACAGGCAUGGCAAAAGAAAAGACGAGGAGCCACGGGGCGAGCCAGUAUCUCAGGAGCCCGUGAAAGGUGGUCAACCUUCACCUCAUGCGACUGCCACAAAAAUUCCAGUGGAUCGAAGCGAACUUGUGGCGGGAGACGCGUUUGCACGUGAGCCUGUGCCGAACGUGGAUUGGCAAGAGUUGAAGGGUCAUAGUAAGGAGAAAAAGCACAGCAGUAGCAUCAUCGACCGGAUCUCUGGAAAAUUUAAAAAGGACAACCUGAAAGAGAAGAUAACGCAUGGAGAAGAAGAGAAGGCCAGUGAAAGUGAUAUGGAGCAUGCUAUAAUUUCAGAGUCAAAGCAAAGCCAUCCAGUUGAACACGUCAGUAAGCUGGAGGAGAAGGGAAUGCUCGAACCGAUAGAAACAUUCCAAUCGGCAACCGCUGUCCUGGAUCACGAUGUUGGGAAAAACAAGCCAUUGACCAUUGCUGAGAGAUUUUCGAUCCCGUCGAAGGUCGGUUCAAGAGAGAGAGCCGGUCAGGAACAACAAAGUGACGAAAAAGCGAAAUUAGAAACUCCCCUUUCUCAGGAGUUAAAGACUCAUUCAUCUUGCGAGGCUACGGUGGACAUUCCAGAUGCUUUUUGUAAAACCCAAGAAGAUAUGAAGACCUCUGAGAAUGCAUCAAGCGCGGAGCCGUCGAUCUCCUCAGACUCUCCAAAGUCAUGGCAAGGAAACCAAGAAAUCCAGCAGCAUCGUCAAGAGACUGUCCGACGCCCUAAAGAAGGACCCCUCAAAGGGGUGGACGUCGAGGAAACACUGAAGGGUGUGGUCAUGUCAGAAGAUCAAUCGUCCAAUGAGCAGCCUCCAGCUGUUUCAGAGUCAGAGAGUCCUGGGAAGGAGAAAAAUAAGUCGCGCAACAUUGUAAAGAGAUUCUCGGCCAAAUUCAAGAGAGAUGGCGCCAAAGACAAGGCCAGUUUUGCAAAAGAACAAGAUGAAAGGUUGGAUGAAACUGACCUUUCAGAAAUGGGUAGAGAUAAAGCACUGGAAGAAAACAAGCCGUUCCUCGAGAAUGUAACUGAAAAAACCAUCACAUCCCAAGAAAAACUUGAACAGGACAUUUCCAUAGCCUUUGUAUCCUCAGAGCCAAUACAGGAGCAGCAUCUGCCUCUCAUCGAGAAAGGAUUUGCAUCCGCCGAAAAGGACUUGGCUCAAUGUCUGCAGCAAGGAAUAGAGUCUGGCGGUGUAGUUGAGAGCCCUGUUGUGUCCACGGAGGAUGGGUCUGAACUGGGCCACGACAAGGAUUCAAGUUUAGUCCGAAAAUUAUCCCUCAAGCUUAAGCGGCCACUCUCGGUGGAAAAGCUGGCCAGUGCCGACAAGGAGGGCGACGACAAGAGGAAGUCCGGCGCUCACUCGCAGCCGCUCGGUAGAGAAGCUUGCGAACAGACGGACGUCGAUGCCAACGCCAAGCUUCUCACCUUACCCUCGGAAGCGGCGGGCAAACGGGGAGAUGCCACGGAAAAGGAGCAAACUAGCCAGGGCGUGAUCAAGCGCUCAAACUCUGAAUUUUACCUGCCACAAACACCAAAAGAUGCCAGAGAUGCAGCCUCAAUGUCGCCAGAUGGGCGUAGUGUAUCUUCUUCGGAGAAUAAGGAACAGCCCUCAGAAGACAAGAAGCUGCUCGGCUCUGAGAGCAGGGCGAAGGUGACGGUGUCGAGGGAGGGGCAGCACAUCCUGUCUGUGGUGAAGGCGGGGAAGAAGGACACGGGGGUGUACGAGUGCAGUGCCACCAACCACCUGGGCUCUGCUGCCACCUCCUGCAAAAUUAAGCUUGCACAAAUCCCAGGGAGGCCUGGUCACCCAGAAGUUCCAGAGGUGUACAAGGAUGGCGCGCUGGUGGUGUGGAAGGCGUCCGAGUUUGAGGGAACUGCCACGUACACGAUGGAGACUAAAAAGAGCGGCGAGGGGAUUUGGUCGUUGGUCGCGGCCGGGAUCAAGGACCCGUACUACAACGUGAUGCACCUGGUCCCUGGCGGCAUUUACAAGUUCCGCGUGUCGUGCGUGAGCAAGGCCGGACAGAGCGCGCCGAGCCUGUCUUCGGACAAGAUCGCCAUCCCAGUAGCGGCACCUGAGAAGGUCGUGGACAAGAAGCGGGGAAGCCAAUUGAGUCUGGACAAAGGCUCCGCCUCCGGCAAACCGGGUGUGCUGCAGAAACCUUAUACCUUCCUGGAGGAGAGGGCCAGGGGCCGCUUUGGAGUGAUCCGCGAGUGCAAGGAGAACGGCACGGGUCGGGUGUUCACCGCCAAGAUCGUGCCGUACGAGGUGAACAGCAAGCCGAGGGUGCUGCGCGAAUACGACGUCCUGCGCACGCUGCAGCACCCGGGCGUCAUGUCGCUGCACGAGGCCUACGUCACGCCGCGCUACCUGGUGCUCAUCACCGAGCGCUGCGGGGGCAAGGAGAUUCUGUUCAAGCUCAUCGACAGCACCAGAUACUCGGAAGAAGAGUUGGUUGGGUACAUGAUCCAGCUGCUGCAGGCCGUAGACUACCUGCACCGUCGCCUCGUCCUGCACCUGGACAUUAAGUCCGAGAACAUCCUCAUAACUGAGCAAAACCUCGUGAAGCUGGUCGACUUUGGGAGCGCCCACCAGUACAACCCCAGCGACCCCCAGCCAAUCGAGAACACCACCGGCGAUCUCGAGUACUUAGCUCCCGAGUUGGUCAAAGGUGACCCAGUGGGACCCACGGCGGACGUGUGGUCAAUCGGAGUUCUUGCCUUCAUCAUGAUGAGCGGAGACUCUCCCUUCCUCGGCGCAAACGAUCGCCUGACGGAGGAGAACAUCAAGCUGUGCAAGCCUGACGUGAGCAAGUGCUACGUCAAUGCCUCGCAGACGUCACUCCUGUUCGUCAAGAGGCUCCUCUGCAUCUACCCACAGAGCCGCCCGUCCGUGCAGGAGUGCAUCUCCAUGCCGUGGCUGCAGGACACGCAGCUCAUGAAGGACCGCCGCACCAUCCUCUCCUUCCCCACCUGGAAGCUGCAGCAGUACCUGCAGGGGGCCAACCGCCGGCGCCUGGAGGCCGCCACCAACCACCGAGUUCUGUUGCGCACGGGAUCCACCUCCAAGUAGCCGGGGCGAGUGCCACAAUCCUCAAGGCCGCAACAAACCACUGCUGGAAUGAAGGCUGAGACGAGCCAAGUCCACGUUGACACGUCCGUUGUUUUGAGUUUUGGGGUGACCACAAAGUCUCGUGCCUUUUUAUUGCGUUCGCCCCAGAUUCAAAGUUGAGCUGAAAAUGGAAAAAAAGUAUCGCCAUACAUUUUCAACUGUGACCAUUUUUAAAUACAAUCUUCGAGUGGUUUCUUUCAAUUGAUAUUACAUUUUAUGAUUACUGCUGCUGAAUAGCUCUGAUCAGGCAGCAGAAGUUAUUUUGAAAUGAAAAUUAAAGUGCUUUACAUUAAACAACUGUCCCCCCUGUAUUCAUUUAGAAUCGGUCAAAAGUAAAAGUACGAGGAGGCACAAUGGCGGUGUGCCAUGCUCAUUCAUUGUAAGAUGCGAAGUGCCGAACGUUCUUAACCGCUGAAAGUGACAGGUAUUGGGUGAGUAAGCCACAAUUGCCGGUCUCUGAAGCCACAACUCGAGCCAAAUGUUUAUAAAACAACACAAUUUUCCGACUAGAAGGUGUUUACGUUUAUUUUGUUUAGCCAAGUGAGAACUCAAAAGAGUAAUCAGGGUUACCAAAAUCACAAAACAAACGAAGUAAACUACAGUAACGAAGCAGAGUGCGGCAUCAUAUGUCUGGUGCUGUCAUCCUGGUUAAGCCACUGCUGUAUGCGAGGCUUCUGAUCUGUCAUACACAGGCCAACAGAGGUGAUUUAUGAAAGAGAUGGGAGAAAAAAGCUGCUACCGUUCCUGGCCGUGACACUUUCCUAAAUAAGUUCGAUAUGCAAUAAGGUGUCACUCUCAAUUUAAGUUAUAUUUAAGAUCAUGCUUCCCGAUUGUAUUCAUUCUCCUGUUAAACUAAAGCACUGUACGUUUAAUGACAAUCCCUCAAUAAUUACUGGUUGAUCAACGGAGCUGUAAAAUACAUUACAAUCAAUACUCAAAAGAGUCCUAGUGUAGGGGCAUAGAUGCAGAGAAGGAGAAGAGGGGAUCUUGAGCAACCUGUAAAUAUUAAAAAGGAUGACAUCCUCAGCUGUUGACUUUACACAAAAGGAACAAAUUGAGAGCAGGGUGUGAUCCCAGAAUACUGCAACUUCACUUUUCCAUAAUGCUCCAUGCUAAGUGGCACCCUAUUGUUGGACUGCAUUGCCCGAUGGCUGUCAUUGUAUGGCGGAGGGUGAUCCAGAAUUACAGGGUAUUGAGAUGUCGUAUGAAGUAGCAUCGUAUAGUGUAACCUGAGUUUUGCUUGAUGGCUUCUGCACUACGAUGGUAUGCAUAGUUUAUACGAGUUCUUCAAAGGGAGUGAUACAAAUGUACGCCAAUCAAUAUGAGCCCCACGUACAAAUGUAGCUCUUGCUGCUUUACUGACAAUGUAGCGGCAGGGAAGUACGCUUCUCAGUGUGUUUGGGUCUUGCAUGUCCUUGGUUAUGAAUCAUGUGCUGGCUGUAGCGUUUGUGAAAAACGUUAGGGCUAUAUUGCAGUUGUUUUAUUUCUAAAUUGACCAAUGUGCUUGACGUGUGAAAACAAAAGCUUUCCCUCUCAGAACGGUGCAGGAGAUGAAAUGGGAUGGGGGAAAAUACAUUUGGCAAUAACGUGGAUUUGUUUGGUCGCCUAAACAACCCACUCACUACUUUUGUAACUUGUAAGGCUCCGGGGUUUGGAAAAAGUGCAUUUUCUUGUUGUAAAGGCCAACAUUUGCGUUUUAUAGUAUAUAUUGAGCCUUAAUGGGAUUUCGCUAGAACUCUUUCUUUUUGACAUUUCAAAUCUAACCUUUCAAACCUAGCAUGGAUAAUGUUGGUAAUACUUCUGUUCUAAAAUUAUACACAGCAGCAAUGCAUGCCCUACUUCCAUUAACAAAGGUAUGUUUGACAGAAUGAUUUUAAGUAACCUGGAUGAAUAUUUAAUUUACAUGGAUCGUUCACGUGACAUAGAAAGUAAAUUUUGCAAAUGCAUUUAACUUUCACUUGUGAAUGUCUUUGUAUGUAUUAGCAUAGCUAUCGUGAGUCUUUAAUACGUGGGAAAUGUGUGACCGUUUGGGACAAUGACAAAAGCAGAUGUGAACAUUCAGUAAAAUAUGCAAACGAGAGAGAAAAGCUUGGCAUCAUUUACAGAAACCAUCAGUCUACAGUUCUACAGUGUAUGACAAAUUAAAUGUACAUUGUAAACCAGA